AUGAUGAAUGGGCAGCAAGCGAACUGGAGAAGGGGUGGAGCAAUCCCUGAAAAUACUAAUAUGCUCAAUGCUGCAAUCAAGCUAUGGGACAGAUUUAUGGAAUUGAAAUAUAAAGAUAUCGGUGCUGGAGAUUUGGCAGGCGACAACUCCCUUGUCCUUCUAACCGGGUUUUGUACCCAGUUGGGAGAGAAUCCACCGUUGAAGGCAAACAACCAGCCUUAUGCUCUUUCAGCUUUGACCAAGUAUGUACGAACCCUUAUUCUUGAUCUCAAAAGGACAUUUGAGAAUCACGAAGUCAUAAGAAAUGGCCCAGAGCUGUUCACUAACGAGGAUGUCACUCAGAUGAUCAAAAUGCUGGAAGGAGAUCUUGAUCAAACUCUGGUGAUUGGUAGCAGAGAAUUGGAUGUAUUCAAAGAAUCAUUCCUAUUCCUAGACAGCACAGCGAAAGAACCAGAACCCUACCUUCCAAUGAUUUUCCAAACAACGAUUUGA